CACGCCGCUGUUGAGUCCGUCCUGCAGCAGAAGAAGAGCGUCCUGGUCCCGCUGCUCUCCGUCGGUCUGUACCGGAGAUGCCAAGAUGGCUGCUAGCAACUAUUUCGGCUUCACACAUGGUGCCGGUCCGCAAUACAGCACCCAGCCUCCCCCGGCCUACUCCCAUCCCUCCACGGCCAGCUACAGCGUCCAGCAGGCUCCGGCUGUGGCUCAUGCGGUGACGGCCUCCUACUCUCCGGCUCCGGUCCAGGCGGCCCGGCCCGUCGCCUCCGCCUCCUAUCCGGCCUAUCAGAGCCACCAGGCGCCUCCAGACUACAGCUACAGGCAGCCGGACCCCCCUCAGCCCACCACCACCCCUCAGACGUACCAGGUAUACUCGGACACGCAGGACAACUACAGUUACGGACGUCCCGCUGCCGUGACGACCUAUGACAACAAACAGUACUACCAGACGAGUAUAGCCACGGCUCAGAGGACACCCACAGAUAACUACUACCAGACUGUCGGAGUAAAGAGCGCCUACAGUCCAGCUCCCUCCACUGUGUACAGCCAGCCUCCUCCUCCUCAGAGGCAGGUCACCGCCCUCAAACCUCUGGCCCCAUCCAGCUCCGUGUCCACCAGCUACAACAUCUAUCCGGCAUCCACCAGCGUCCAGCAGCCUCCCACGCCCAUCUCGUCCUACACGCUCGGCACCUCGUACAGCUCCACUGCUUCAGCCACGUCCUACUCCGGCAUCAGCUACUCCAGUUAUGAUUCAAUCGGCUACUGCUCCGCUUCCACCCCCUCCUAUUACCAGCCAGCUCAGCAGACUCUGUCCCAGUCGCAGCCUCCACCGCAGCAGCCGCAGCAGCAGCCGCAGCCGCCCAUCCAGCCGCCACCCAAGCAGCUGACCAGCUCGUCCUGGAGCAACUCGGGCAGCAACAUGGUGACGGCUCCGACCGGAAACACGUACAAAAAGCCCACGUUUCACCAGAGCAAGCUGCAGAAGCCGAAAGGGCCUCCCAAGCAGCCGCAGCUUCAUUACUGUGACAUUUGCAAGAUCAGCUGUGCAGGCCCUCAGACGUACCGUGAGCACCUCGAGGGCCAGAAGCAUAAGAAAAAAGAAGCAGCCCUAAAGUCUGGGGGUCAAACGGGGACCAGCAACGGGCCGAGAGGGGUCCAGACUCAGUUACGCUGCGAGCUGUGCGACGUUUCCUGCACCGGAGUGGACGCCUACGCUGCACACAUCCGUGGGGCCAAACACCAAAAGGUGGUGAAACUUCACACCAAGCUUGGCAAACCUAUACCUUCCACUGAGCCAGUGCUGGUGAAUUCUGCUCCGGUUGUCACGACCACGACAGCUGGGAAGCCUCCUGUCUCCUCCUCCUCCUCCUCUUCCUCCUCCUCCUCGACUCCUGCUUCGGCCUCGACCGUCUCGACUCCUGCUGUAACACCCAAACAAGUCCCCGUACACACCGUGGCCAAAACAGCACCGCCGCUCAAGAAACCAGCUCCUUCCAAAAUCACUGUCAUUUCCAACAAGCCAACCAGCGCUCCAGCUGCGCCUCCAGCUGCAGCUCCAGCGUCAGCGUCGGUUGUUGCAGCAGCAGCAGCAGCAGCAGCAAAACAGGAAGAACCUGCGCAGCUGUCGGUCCAGAAGAUGGAGCCUCAGAGUGAAGACGAGGACGGAGACAGAGCUGGAGGACAGGGGGACAUCCAGCCGGUGGGACACGACUACGUAGAGGAGGUCCGUAACAAUGACGGAAAAGUGAUCCGAUUCCACUGUAAACUGUGCGAGUGCAGCUUCAACGACCCCAACGCUAAAGACAUGCACCUGAAGGGGAGAAGGCACCGACUGCAGUACAAAAAGAAAGUGAACCCAGAGCUUCCUGUGGAGAUUAAGCCCAGCAACAGAGCCAGGAAGCUGCAGGAGAGCAAACUGAAGAAGCAGAAGCAGAAGGCGGUUCUGAAGAGGCAGCGAGACGACGAGCAGCGCUGGCACAUGGAGAUGAGGUCAGGCCGGCGGUAUGAGGAGGACAUGUACUGGAGGAGGAUGGAGGAGGAGCAGAUGUACUGGGGGGAGCAGAGACGCAGGAUGGCGCCUCCACCUCUGAUGAGUCGCCCCGGGAUACCGGUGCCCCCUCUACUGUCCUGUGUGCGUCGGCCUGACUCCCCUGAUGACCGCCACAUCAUGGCCAAACACUCGACCAUCUACCCGGUGGAGGAGGAGCUGCAGGCCGUUCAGAGGAUCGUCUCCCACUCAGAGAGAGCUCUGAAGCUGGUGUCCGACUCCCUGCUGGAGAAGGAAACGCCAGCUUCUCCUCCUGCUGCUGCUGCUGCUGCUCCUGCUGCUGAUACUGACACUGAAGGCGGAGAAGAAAAAGGCACUGAGAACUCGGCCCGGCUGCUGAAAGGUGUGAUGAGAGUCGGCAUCCUGGCCAAAGGUCUUCUGCUUCGCGGGGACAGAAACGUGGAGCUCAUUCUGCUGACAGCUAAGAAACCUACAAUCUCAUUACUGAAGAGCAUCGCUAAGCAGCUGCCCAAGGAGCUGGCGACAUUUUCUGAAGAUCAGUAUGAGGUGCAGGCUCACCCCGAGGAGGCGAACAUCGUCAUAAUUUCAAGCAAGGAGCCCAAAAUGCAGGUGACGAUUUCUCUCACCUCGCCGCUGAUGAGGGAGGACCCUGCUGCUGAGAAGGACAAGCAGGCAGGAGGAAAAGCGGCUGAGAAAGGUUUGCCUGAGAAGGAUCCUCCUGAUCUGCUGAAUAAGAAGAAAUGUCUGGAAUAUCUGGCUGCCCUGCGUCACGCCAAAUGGUUUCAGGCUCGUGCUAACGGCCUGCAGUCCUGUGUGAUCAUCAUUCGGGUGCUGAGAGAUUUAUGCCAGCGGGUUCCUACCUGGGGGAAGAUGCCCUGCUGGGCGAUGGAGCUGCUGGUGGAGAAGGUGAUCAGCAGCGCUACAGGUCCACUGAGUCCAGGAGAAGCCAUGCGCAGAGUCCUGGAGUGCAUCUCUACAGGGAUCCUGCUGCCAGAUGGACCAGGUCUGAUGGAUCCCUGUGAGAAGGAGCAGACGGAUGCUUUGGAGAGCAUGGUGCUUCAGGCCCGGGAGGAUAUAACGGCCAGCGCACAGCACGCUCUGCGGCUGCUGGCUUUCCGUCAGAUCCACAAGGUCCUGGGCAUGGAGUCGCUGCCGGCGUCCAAAGCCGGCGCUCGCAACCGCAAACGCCGACGGGACGGGAGCGAGGCGGGCGAGGGCGAAGGCGAGGGCAAGAAGGACAAGAAGGAGGAAGCAGCGAGCGCUUGACCUCCGCAUCGAGGCGUUUGCUAGCUUAGAGACUGGUAGAAUGUCACCAAUUUAAACUCUUUUCGUAUCUUCAACAAAACAAUCUUAACACGCAGCUAUACACAUAUGAAUAUAACUUUGACUCUACGUGUUACAUGUCUACCCUUGAAUUAAGAGGAAUAAGGCGUGGCAGGAGGAGCUUUAGGGACUGAAGGAGUCUGAGGAUCUGAACUGCAAUUCCUUCACCCGUCUAGUGAUUUCAUGCAGAAGUAGCGUAUUUCAAAGUGUGCAGAGUAAAUCAGCUCAGUGAAAAAACACAACAGAAACCAUGUCUAUUACUGAUCAUUCCAUUUCAGCACACUAACUACUGACCAUCCCUCCCUCGUUUGUUCCCACUGCAGGUGUUGUUUUCUAUGAUAUUAAAAGCUCCAGUACAGUUUAAACAUCAGCACCAUAAGCUUUAUUUUCAGCUUUUGAGAAGAAAUAAAAGACUGAACUCUGCUGCUCUUCGGGCCGGUUCGAUUUUACCACCUAAUGCAUGACGCUCUGCUGAAAUGAGAAUAAGAAAGAGACGGCGGCUUCAGAGGAAACCGACGACGUUCGCUGUGCCUAAAGACGACACAGAGGAAGCGAUUAUAGCGCGACGUCGCUGGUGAGACAUUUCGUGGGGAGAUUAGACUCAAGACUUCCAACCAAAGGCCCGAAACACACUAAAAAUAGCUUCCCCCUGAAAAAAAUAUGUCAGAAAACCCACGAACUCUGCAAAAAAUUUGCGUAGCGUCCCCUCCAAGGUCACACUGGAGAGCAGAUCUGCAGAGAGGGACGUCUCGUACUGCACAGUAGCAUGCCGAGGGAAUGAAGCACUUAAGAAAUGACAAUGUAUGCAGCCAUAGUUUCAUCAUUUAAAGAAUAUGCCUCAUGAACUUCUUUUGCUUUCUUCUUCCAGAGUGAGGAGAGAAGCUUUAGUCGGAAACAUAAGACUGAAUAUCUGCUGUAAAGAUCAAACUGCUCUCGUCCUUUUUCACUUUCUUCCUUGUGCCUGCAACAUGUUUUGUGUUCCAGAAGGACUGAGUCUGCUUAGUACUGUAUUCAUCUGAUUUCACGAGGAAGGGACUGAUGCACAACGGCGGCUUAAAAGUUGAUGUGAGAGAAUUAUUGUGCAUUUUUAGUUUCAUAUUCAUUUAAGAGUAUGACUAAUUUUAUUUCCGAAGGAUGUCGCAGUCCGUUUUGUAUCGUUUUGACGGGAAAGUGUGAACGUUGCUGUCCUAUUAUUUGAAUGUGUUUGUAGUGUUGCCUAAAAUUAAGGGGAGAUAUUAAAGAAAAAGACACUUUUAAGCCA